AUGGCGGCGCCGUCGCACAAGACGCGGUCCACGCACAGAUCGGCGUUCGCGCAAGGCACGCACCAGUUUGACAUCGCCGGCUACAGCACGGCGCGGGAGGCGCUCGUCGGAUCCGUCCGGUCCGGCAGCUUCCACGCCGGAGGUUUCAUCUGGACCCUCGUGUGCCGCCUCCACGAUCGCAGCGCGCCGUGCGGCCUCGCGUCCAUCUCCCUGGAGCUAUCCAAGAACGAGACCGACGAGGACGUCGUCGCCAUGGCCAGCCUCCGGAUCGACGAGAGCAGCGGCACCGGCAAGUUCCCGGCCGCCGUGUGGUGCAGCGAUAAGCCCAAGACCUUCGACGCUUGGUCCACGAGCGCUGCCGCCUGGGAGCUCGCCGUCCCGGUUGCGUUCCGGCGCCAUGAGUCACGCUACAUCGACAAGGGCGCUGACUGCCUGACCAUACACUGCACGGUCGACGUCCUCGUCCAGCAGCAGGAGAGCUCAGCCGCCGCCGGAUCAGUUGACACCAGGAACUGCUUCGUGUCCGUGCCGCCACCGCCCAGCAUCUCCCGGGACUUGCACAGGCUUCUCAGGGAGAGGCAGUCGCCUGAGCCGGACGUGACGUUCGUCCUCGACGAUGGUACCGAGAUCCAGGCGCACAAGCUGGUAAUGGCCAUGAGGUCACCAGUAUUCCGUGCCGAGUUCUUAUGCGGGGACAUGAAGGAGCGGAGCACAAGGCACCUCACGAUGGACGACAUGAGCGCCUCCACCUUGAGGGCCAUGCUCUACUUCAUCUACACGGACGAGCAGCCUACACCCAGGAAAGGAAGAUGCCAGGUGGCCAUGGCGCAAGACCUACUCGUGGCCGCGGAUCUCUACGACUUGGAGAGGCUGAGGCUUAUGUGUGAGAAGAUACUCUCCGGGAGCUUGGACGUUGGCAAUGUCAUGGCAACCUUGAUGCACGCGCAUGGCCGCCAUAGUUGCCAACAGCUUGAGGCAUUGUGUAUCGACUUCAUGGCAUCCGACCCCGACGUGUACAAUGCCGUGGAGGCCACCGAGGAGUACAAAGAACUCGAAAAGACAUACCCUUCUUUCAUACAUGAGAUCACGAAGAAAGUAGCCAAGAGCACAAUGGCCCGCAUUAGAUCUCCAACUAAUACUUCUUCCAUGGGCACUAGUGGUGGCAGCAGCAGUAGAGAGGCGGCCAAGAGCAUGUCGAGGUAUACCCCACCGGCGGUGAUGAUCGGCACACAUGAGUUCACAAUCCAAAGCUUGAGCUGGGUGAGGGAGACGCACAGUGUCGGUCAGUACAUCCGAUCUGGCAGUUUCAAGGUGGCCGGUUAUGAGUGGACCAUAGAUGUGUACCCGUCGGGAGGGACAGAGGACACGUCGGACCACAUUGACGUAUUUAUUCGACCCACCAUUAAUGAUGGUGAUAUCAAGGUGAAAGCUUCGGUGGCUAUGAAGCCCGUCCACCCCACGGACAAGUCGCCGCCGUUUCCUCCCCAUAAUCUUACACACACAUUUGGCGGCAAGGCAUGCAGGGGCCUUGGGUGGCCAAAAUUCAUCACAUUCGCAUCUGCCAACUCACACUAUGUGGGACACGAUGGCUCUUUCACUAUACAAUGCCAAGUCACGGUAGCCACGGAGUCCUCGACUAGCAGCACAAUUGGCACCUUCAUCCCUGGACCCGUGCUCGUGCCACCGUCCAACCUGGUAUGGCAUCUUGAGCGGCUGCUGGCGAGCGACGAGGGCUGGGAUGUUAAGUUCCUGGUUGAGGAGAGCGAGAUACACGCCCAUGGGCUCGUUGUUGCUGCACGGUCGCCGGCACUGCACGAGGCGGUGCAAGAGUCGGCAACCAACCAUGUAAAAAUUGAUGGCAUUAGAGCCGUGGUUUUCAAGGCCAUGCUCCACUUCAUAUACACUGACAAGCUGCCUCGCGUCCAAGACCUAGUUGCUCCUGCCGUCGGGCAUUCCACGAUGGUCGUGGCUGGAGAGUUGCUGGCAGUGGCAUGUCGGUUCCGUUUGGACAGGAUGGCGCGGUUGUGCGAGAACCUACUCGCGGAGAAGAUCACGCCCGAGUAUGCGCUGGCCACACUGAGGCUGGCUGGGUGCCACGGUUGCACGGAGCUGGAAGCCUACUGCAUCGAGUACAUCUCACAGCCACACGUGGUCAAGGAUGUGAUGAAAACUCUCAAGUAUUUUAUAGAGUGA